CUUCUGCUUUUCCACGGGAAGCAAAGAGAACAUUCAAGGACUGGAGAGACAGUCAAGGUGCUUGCCUUACAUGGAGCUCAACCAGCUUUGAUCCCUGGCACCAGAAGGUCACCUGAACACCACUGGGACACCUCAGCACAGAGCCAGCAUCGCAGCACCCUGAGCACAGCACCCUGAUCUUCCUCAUUGUUGAGAUGGGACUGAAGGGGGCAUGGUGCUUCCCAUGGUGCAGGUGCCGGAGACAGCAGGGAACUGGAAAAGAAACAGGUCUGGAUUCAGCAGCCCCUACAGAUCCAGAUCCCAAACCAGCUAUCACUCCCGUUAUGGCUGAGGGAGUGACACCCUCCCUGGGGUCUGGUGCCUACUUCAGCAGGAAAGCUCGACUCUCAUUCCGUCACCAGCUGCAUGACAUAGCAUCAGCCAAUGACUCCACCAUUUGAAGAAACAACCAAGGGGCUGAACUUCCAGAAGCUCUGGCAACCCUCCUCCCCGUC